UUUUAUUUUUAUUAUAUCAGGGGAUGAGAUAGAUGAUAUGGGGUCUUAGACGUGGAAGAAGUCAGUUAGCUUCUCUCUCUUUUUAUGGCGGUGACUUACAGGCUUUUCUGCUUCUUCUCUCUCUUGAGAUAAACCAGUUAAGGCAAUUCCUAGAAGCUUCGUCGGAAAAUCAGUCCGGUCGGUGAUUGGAGCUCUGGUCGCCGGCGGACGAGACUAGGCAGAGUAUUUGUUUUUUGUUUGUUGUUGUCGCGUAAGAGAGAAGCGAGCGUGUUUGGAUUGAUAAAAAGAGAAAAGAAGAAAAAAUGAAUGGUAAUAGCAAUGGAUUUGGGAGUGGGGCGGCGGUGGCGCCGAGUGAGUAUGUAAGGAGACAUCAUAGGCAUGAGAUAGGGGAGAAUCAGUGUAGUUCAGCUCUCGUUAAGCACAUCAAGGCUCCUGUUCCUCUCGUUUGGUCUUUGGUGAGGAGAUUUGACCAACCACAGAAGUAUAAACCCUUUGUCAGCAGGUGUGUUGUGCAGGGAAACCUGGAGAUUGGGAGUCUUAGAGAAGUUGAUGUCAAGUCAGGGCUUCCGGCCACUACAAGUACUGAACGACUGGAACUCCUUGAUGACGACGAGCAUAUCCUCAGCAUCAGGAUUGUUGGUGGCGAUCACAGACUUAAGAACUACUCUUCAAUCGUUUCCCUCCAUCCAGAGAUCAUUGAUGGAAGACCUGGGACUCUGGUCAUUGAAUCCUUUGUGGUGGAUGUGCCUGAGGGCAACACCAAGGAUGAGACAUGCUACUUUGUGGAAGCUUUGAUCAAGUGCAAUCUUAAAUCACUUGCAGAUGUCUCAGAGGGACUAGCAGUGCAGGACCGGACAGAGCCCAUCAAUCUCUAAAUGUUGGGUUUGAGGAGAUAAGGUGGUAGCUAUAGUUGCCAUGGAUGAAGCUUCGGAGGCUUUCGUAUCUUGGAGGCUUUAGAGAUGGACUGGCAAUUGUGGGUCUUCCAUCUUCCAGACACUUACAUUGCAUUUCUUCUAUUUGUUAUGCUCUCUCCUUUUGUUUUUAACAUUAUGUGCUGGAUUUUCCUGUCUUUAGUCGAUCAAGAACCACAAUUGUUAUAAGAGUUUCUUCUGUUGAAGGAUGAAAAAAAGUGAAAAAGAAGAGAAAAAGAAGGAAAAAGAGGGGACUAGGUUGCUGUCCAUCUGAUCCAGAGUUUUGUGAUUGUGGUAUUUAAUGGUUGUACAUAAAGGUGCUGAAAAAGAGUUGGUUUUUCAAUGCUGGGUUGUCUCGUGAUAGUGGUAGUUUCUAGUUGCGGGUUUGGUCAAAGCUUGGUGGAAAAUGCUGUCUAUAGACUAUAGUGAUAGUUGAAUACUUGCUUGUUUGAUGCUGCUGAAGUACCAACCAUCCUGUUGAAAGCAUAGAAAGGUUUAGUCAUGUCGUCGGAGCUGGGCCCAUGCCCUAAGGCGUAAUUAACCUCAAAGUUGAGCCUUGGGCUUUCAGUGACUUUGAAGCUACAACACACAAGAUAACAUCCAUGGAUAAGCGAACAGAUUAAAAUUGCUGUUAACAGAUUAGGAAGAAUGACACUGGGUACUAAAUAUGAGCUUCUCAGAAGUUGGAAGUAUACCAUAAAUGCCACUUCUAUGAUAACACAACUCAAAAUUUCACCCCGAAUGGGGUAACAGUACAAAUACUACAUGAUUUCACGAAUUCCACAAGAUGGUUGUUGGUCUUGGGUGUUUCUGGACGCAGGGCAGCAUAGGACUCGGAUCAAUUCUGAUGGGUGCCUUGUCCCUCGUGUCUAAACAGAGUUCCCAUCGCACGUCUUAUGAGAAUGGUGGGGAAAAAAUUGCAAGAAAUUUUACAAAUAAUCACCUGUAGUGCUUAAAAUACACUGUACAGA